AAUAACUUGUGGGUUGGGGUUUACAACUUUACUUUUGAAAGAUUAUUGCACACUUAAAAAUAACUAUGCAUAUGGGAAUUAGCAAAUCACAUUUGUGCUUGUCCUUGUUUCUUGUGAUCCAUGGCUUCUCGUCCCACUCGGCGCUCGGCCAAAUCAUGUUCCAGGCCUUCAAUUGGGAAUCAUGGAGCAAGGACGGAUCUGGAUGGUACGACAUGCUGAGAAGCCAGAUCGACGACAUCGCCAGCGUCGGGAUAACCCAUGUAUGGCUGCCACCGCCGUCGCACUCUGUCGACGCGCAAGGUUAUCUUCCGGGGCGGCUCUACGACCUGAACGUGUCGAAAUACGGUAACGAGACGCAGCUCAGGGCCCUCAUCGCUGCGUUCCACGGCAAGGGGAUCAAGUGCGUCGCUGACAUCGUCAUCAACCACCGCACGGCCGAGCACAAGGAUGGCCGCGGCGUCUACAGCAUCUUCGAGGGCGGCACACCAGACAGCCGCCUCGACUGGGGCCCCCACAUGAUCUGCCGCAACGACAGCUAUUCUGACGGCACCGGCAACGCCGACACCGGCCUGGACUACCUCCCUGCCCCCGACCUCGAUCACCUCAACGACCGCGUCUGGAGCGAGCUCUCGGAGUGGCUCAACUGGCUCAAGAACGACGUCGGCUUUGACGGGUGGCGUCUUGACUUCGCCAACGGCUACUCCGCAGGCGUCGCCAAGAUGUACAUCAACAGCACCGCGCCCGAUCUCGCGGUCGCCGAGAUAUGGACGAACUUGGCGUACAAGGACGACGGCAAGCCACGCGCCGACCAGGACGCGCACCGGCAGGUGCUGGCGGACUGGGUGGACGCCGUGGGCGGCCCUGCGGCCGCGUUCGAUUACACCACCAAGGGGGUCCUCCAGGCCGCGCUCAACUUCAGCGAGCUACGGAGGAUGCAGGACGCCAAGGGGAGGGCGCCCGGACUGCUCGGCCUGCGGCCGGCUCAAGCCGUCACGUUCGUCGACAACCACGACACCGGGUCAAAGACGCAUCACAGCUGGCCUUUUCCGCCGGAGAAAGUCUUGCAGGGUUACGCCUACAUCCUCACGCAUCCCGGCACCCCUUGCAUCUUCUACGAUCAUUUCUUUGAUCCGAGCAUGAAGGAGGCGAUCACUACCAUGAUCGCGAUCAGGAAGCGGAACAAGAUCGGGCCGGCGAGCACGUUGCGGAUUCUCCUCGCUGAAAACGACGUGUAUGUCGCGGAGAUCGACGGGAGGGUGAUUCAAAAGGUUGGACCUAGGUACGAAGUCAGCGUGACCAUUCUUCAGGGGUUUCAGUUGUCCACGAGUGGAAAUGACUACGCAGUAUGGGAGAAUAGAUCAGACGUGCAAACGAACACGCAGCCGUCGUCCAAAGUUUCCAAGAAAAACUCACGGAGGUGGGCGAUCCCCGUUGUCGCCACUAUUGCGCCGCUGUUGGCCUUGCUCACCUGCGGCGCCGUAGUAAUGCUCCUGUUGCGGCGCCGGAAGAGGCAGCGGUGGCACCAGAACGCCCACGAGAUUGAUCUCUCCGACGAUGAGGAGCAGUUCGUGCAAGCAGAGUUCGAAGAGGGGCUGGGACCGAGGCGGUACUACUACCGCGAGCUGACCACGGCGACGGGCAACUUCGCCGAGGAGAACAAGCUCGGGCGUGGCGGCUUCGGCCCCGUCUACCGCGGGUACCUCGCCGACCAGGACCGCCACGUCGCCAUCAAAGUGCUCUCGCCGGGGUCGUCGGUGCAGGGGAGAAAGGAGUUCGAGGCCGAAGUGACGAUCGUAAGCCGGCUGAAGCAUAGAAACCUUGUGCGGCUCAUUGGUUGGUGCGACAGCCGCAAGGGGCUCUUGCUUGUGUACGAGCUCGUGGCAGAAGGCAGCCUCGACAGGCAUCUCUACAGCAACGACAAACUGUUGACAUGGCCAGAGAGGUACCAUAUUAUUCUUGGCUUGGGAGCCGCGUUGCGCUACCUCCACGGGGAGGGGGAGCAGUGCGUGGUGCACGGCGACAUCAAGCCUAGCAACAUCAUGCUCGACUCGUCGCACGGCACCAAGCUGGGGGACUUCGGGCUGGCUCGGCUCGUCGACCACGGCGCCGGGUUGCAGACGACGCAGGCCGUGCUUGGAACCGCGGGGUACAUCGAUCCGGAGUUCGUGAAAACGUGCCGUCCGAGCACGGAGUCCGACGUGUACAGCUUCGGCGUCGUCCUGCUGGAGGUUGUCUCCGGCCGGCGACCGGUUGUGGACGUCACGCCUGACCGAUCCUUCGUGCUGGUGAAAUGGGUUUGGAGUCUCUACGGCGAGAACAGGAUUCUUGAUGUGGUGGACGAGAGGCUGAGGGGCGAUGAGCUCGACGGCAAUAAGAUGGAGCGCGUGCUGGUAGUGGGGCUGUGGUGCGCGCACCCUGACCGCGGCGCGCGGCCCUCCAUCGCGCAGGCAAUGACCGUCCUGCAGUCCGACGACGCGACGCUGCCUGCGCUCCCGCCGGAGUUGAACAGGACAGAGUCGAAUAUUGCGGUCGUUGGACGUGCGUAGGGGGCUUUGUGCAUCGUCGACGACUCCAGUAGGCCAGUGGCGUUUGGCGACCAACAAUAAGACCACGCUCUCUUCGGACACGUCGCCAACUAUAUACGUUGCCCGAAACUCAAAGGAUAUUCUUCCUUGAGUGGCACAUGCUUAAAUUAACUACUAGCAACCCUAAAAAAAACUACUGGUAACUGCAAUAAUUUACUUAGCUGUGUAGCAAUUUUUAACCUGAUGUUAUAAAAGAAAUAUGUAUUUAAAUCUUGCAGUGAUAUUAGAGGCAAAUUAUAAUGUUGUGAGAGUAUUUCUAACACAAAUCUAAACACAUACUUCUAAUAUCUCCUGUGAUAUUAUAUCCAUAUUUGUCUCAUGAUCGAUGAGAGUACGCACAAUUGUGAUAUCACAUCCGUUCAACAAUAUUCAAUGGGUGUGACUGAUUAACUCAGCUAGAUAGUUCAGCAAACAUUAAGAGUGCAGUGGAAACAUAGUGAAAUAACAACAAUAUUCAAUGGGUGUGCGGUGCCUUAUACCACCAACAAGCGACCAACUUAGAAUGGUGCUGGAGAACGGAUAAACUACACUAGCUCGAAUAAAAUUUUCUACAGCGUUCAACAUUACGCUUUGUAUAUAGAGAG